AUGGUGGUGAUAUUGGCUGGUAAAGCAUUGGAUUCAUUGUCACAUAUUUUGUGUCGAGCGUCGGCCGAUAUGGAAACAGUAAACGUGACUGGUAUCCGAAAUGCUCAUAGAGAUCACGGUUCAGCAAAGACAUCCUGUUCCCAGUCCGAGAAGGAACUUGAGAUAACCCUUGCGAAUCGCUUGUGGUUCGAUAACGAUUUGCCAGAGAACAUACGCUGUUGAUACGGUGUAGAGAAACAGAUCGCCAUAUGGCAUUGGUCGCACAAUGCCCUGUUUUACCAGUUCACGGAAAAUAAGCUCGAAGGCUUUCCAGAGCACAUACAUAGCGAUGGAAACAUUCGGGAAUGCUAACAUAGCCAGACCUGAAGCCGUACCAGCGACGAUAUUAUUGUAUUUAUGGCUUGAUAGAGGUAGCCGGUUAAGUGUGCAUCGGACAGUAUGAAAUAUGAGUGGCAUCAAACCGUAGAAGGUCGGUAUCCGCAAAAUGGACUUGGAAAACAACUUCUCCCUGAUUAUCGAUGGAUUCGAGAAUAGAGCCGACACAUUUUGGGCCAACGUCAAUGCAACACUAGCACCUAGACCGAUCGUGAAAUUGUAGCCGAAACUCUCAGCCACAGUACUGACGCACGAAUUCUGAUGGACACACUGCUCUGUCCUGCCGUACUUCCUUCGCAGUUCAUACAGAAAUCCUCUGAACUCUUUCGGCAGAGGAUAUUCCUUGACGAUAUCUCUUUCUCCAUUGAGAUUAUGCGUAAAUCUGUAAUAUGGCAUUCAGUAAUCGUUUAUGUAGACUGA